CCGCAGCGAUGUAGUGUAACACACCUUUCCCCGGUCCCGUCCCGCUCACUUUGGUCGUGGUGCCACGCCUAUGAAUGAGGAUCUAUGUGCAAUUCUUGAAUGAAAACACAAUUAUGAAAUUAAUAAAUAUUGCAACUGAGCAAUUCAACGGAGAAGUGCCUUUUCUUCUCGCUGUAUCUUUCUCUCAUCUUACAUCUCUCAUCUUACAUCUCUCAUCUUACAUCUCUCAUUGUGUCGUAAUGGAGCACAUGGCCUCCAAGACCAGGAAUGUCUUUCUCCUCUGCACUCCGCUUACACUUAUUGCUUUGAUUGCUCUUUCUGGAUAUGCAUUUCACACUAUCAGGAGACUUUCGCUGCCAGUUUCCUCGUACCUUGCAUUGACCACGACCGUACUCCCCGCAAUUGCAGCUUUCGGUGGCUGCACCGCCCAUGUCCUCGCCAGAUGCAGCAGGGAAAAUCAACGAGGCUCCACAAUAUGGAGCUACGCAUCGCAGCUGCUAAUUGCAAUUAUACUUCUCAUGUACGAGACAGUUGUAGCUACGCUAUCUCUCAGUCAUAUCGUUCCUGUCAGCAGCCUGCGGUGUCAAUUAGAUGACAAAUGGUUAGCUCUCUUUCAACGUAAGAAAACAGACGCAAUUCGGCGAAUUCAAGAUUCCCACCAAUGCUGCGGGCUGCACAGUGUUAUGGACAAAGCUUUUCCAUUUCCUGCAAAGGAUGUUGAGCCCGAUGCAUGUACAAGGACAUUUGGAUGGAAGAAGAGUUGUUUUCAGGAUUGGCAACAUGAUGAGCAGGUUAUGGCUAGCCUUCUUCUUCUCGUGUCAAUUUUGAUGUUCAUUGGAACAAUUCUGGCGGUAUUCCUCUGGCAAUUGCGUCCCACCUGGGCACGUUAUUUCUUUCAUCCGCACCACUCCGACUCUCGGCGGUAUGCUGCAAUUGAAGAACAACAGGACGAUGUGAGACACAGCCAGGAAAGGACUGUCGAUCGAUAUUUUGACUCCCCAACCCAUACAUCUUGAAGAGGACAUCUAAUAAUGGAUAUGAAAAAUAAAGAAAAAGAAAUGAAAGAUGUCAGCUUAUAGAACGAUCAUAACUGGCCGUUCUGCAGCACAUUGGGGGCCUAGGAUGUGUUGC